UUCAAGUUACCCGAACCCGACCCAACGUGGACUGACCAAACACAACGUGGUUGUCUUUCCUAAUUUGGAGUGUGAAAAUGGCUGUGGGUAAAGUUAAGAAACGGCAGGGCUCGAAGAAGACCAAAAAAGCCUGGAGGAAGACUGAUAUUCAAGAUGUUGAAGACUUUCUGGAGGACAAGCGGCUCGAAGAAAGAUUAGGAGUUGCAUUUGAAGACCGACAAGAUCAUGAACUGUUCACAGUUGACACAGUUCCUGAUCAGAAAGGCCUGGACAAAUUUGAAGAUUGGAAAAAGGAACGUCGUAACGAAAUCUUAAAACAACCUCCUCGCUGUUAUCAAGCACUCCUACCAGAUUCUAAAGUACCUGACCCUAUUUCAAAGAGGAACAGGAUUCGUACUGCUGAAGAAAGGAAACAUCCUCUCUUAAGGAAAAAAGAAGCUGAACGCAUAGAGAAAGGAAUCCUGAAGGCUAAAGACCUUGACCGGCAGAGGAAUCGAAUUCUCGAUGAGAAGCGCCGUAAAAGUAGACCAGCACCUGGAGACUUUUCUAAAGAUUUGUGGGAUGAGAGUAACAUUUCAUCUGCUUUGGCACCAGAAUUGGGCUCAGAAUGGCUGGAGCCAAGUGUUAAAAAACAUGUUAUGAUUAAUUCCGAUUUAAAAGACAAAAUAGUCCGAUCAAAACUGCAAUGCAAGCCUCACAAUCUACCUGCAGUGGAGGUUCCUCAUCCUGGCAUGUCUUAUAACCCAUCAUUUGAUGAUCACAUUAAUUUACUAAAGGAAAUUUCUGACAAGGAACAGAAACUCAUAAAAGAAGAUGAACACAUAAAGAGAGUGACUACACUUAUGUUUAAAAAACUGCCAAGAGGUGUAGCAGAAGCUCAGUGGAUCAAAGAAAUGAGUGAAGGAGUGCCUGUCCUUGAUCCAGAAGCUGCAAAGUUAGAUGAGGAGGAUGAUAAUGAUAACGAAUAUCGUGCUAUAAAUCCUCCUACAGAUAGAGACAAGAAGAAGGAUAGGAAAACCCGAAGGAAAGCUAUUGAAGAGAAAAGGAAACAGGUCGAGAGGCAAAUGUCAAAACUAGAAAACAAGAAGGUUUCAGACUUAUAUAGACUAAGAAAAUUGAAAGAGGAUAUUUCAAAAGCAGAAGCAAAAUCAGCAAAGCUUAAAGAUAAACGUAUUGCAUUGAGAGCUAAAUAUGCAACUAAAACAAAGCGCUUAGGACGCAAUAAGUUUGAGGAAAGAGAAACAGAUUUUAAUCUAGCUUCUGAGCUGAAAGGCAAUUUACGUUCCCUUAAACCUGAAGGAAAUUUAUUGGCAGAUAGAUUUGUCAACUUACAAAAGAGAAACAUAAUGGAAGUGGCAGCAAGGCAAAAUCCUCGUCGUGCAAAGAUAAAGAAGUUCUUCAAAUCUUCUCACAAAAUGGCGUGGGAAGUUACCCCUCUACAGCGACAGCUUCAUGAAAGGAAGAAGCUGCAACGAACAAAUCAUGUAACUUUAGGUGCAAAAUAAUUACACCUUUUUUUGUUCUAUCCAUUGUUGUUGAAAUUACACCUAGCUUAAAAGCUGA